AAUGGGCGCGCAGCAGCAAAGUUCGCGCUAAUUCGCGAUCCGUGCCUUCAUGUCGGGAACUAAAGGAUCGAGCGCCCCGACCCCAGCCAUUACCCACAAGGUCUUUGGAUCGCCAGCCGAUUUAGCCAACAUCCCCACCAAUCGCCGUGACACUUCUUAAACGAAGGUAAUUUGCUAUUAUUUGUAAAUUGGUGUGCCGAGCGACGUCCGCCGCGAGCUGACCGCACCGCAGUCGCUCGGGAGCACGGGACCCUCCCUGGCUCUCCCGUUGGCUCAGAACACGUAGGUACACUACAACUUAAAUUAAUACUCGGUGAAGAACCCUUAUGUAAAUAGUCGUCAUAACACCGACAGCCUUUGCUACUGAAUCGAGCGCCAGUCGAUAAGAUAUAGCCCACGAACAAACAUCCUUUCGUUAUGAAAAUGUGAUUGUGAGUGAUUCGAAUAAUGGCGAAGUCUGUUGAAGAGAAGAAAAAUAGUGAAGACGAUUCUACCAUGGACGGCGAAGCCAGUGAGGAGGAGCUGGGGUGCGCGGGGAGGCUGAUGCUCAUGAUGCGGAUCAACCCGAACCUCAUCAUGUUAAAAGUGACUCUUUUUGUAAUGUACGGAGCCACUGCAUCUCUCCUGCCGUAUUUGACAAUACAUAUGCAGAGCAUAGGACUUACUGUGCCUGAAAUUUCGUUUGUGUAUCUAGCGCUGCCGUUUACCACAUUUUUGAGUCCACCAAUAACUGGGUUUCUGGUGGACCGCUUUGGGGAGUACAAACCCGUCGUAAUCACUGCGCUAAUUCUUAAUGCGGCCUUCCAUCAUUCUCUGUUGCUGAUUCCUCAUCAAGAGACGCCGGGGAUGAUGCCAUCUGCAUACGUCAUGCGACAUCCAAUCACGAAUAGCGUCGAGAUUUGGUGGAGUCCUUGUCCUAGCAGAGAGUGUCCGGGCGAAGAUGAGACUGUUGAUUUUGUUCUGGACCGUUGUGUAGACCACUGUCAACUAUCGAGACCUACGGAAAACCCUGCCGUUGACCCCGCUGACGAUAAAGACGAUUUAGAUUUCCAUAUCAGUCAUAAGAUCCAACCACCGAAUUUGUCUAAUGCGAGUUACUUAAAUAUAACCGACGAUGAAGAUUAUAACGAUGCUGCGUAUUUUCUUAUUGAAGUACACGACGAUUUGGAAGAACCGAAAGAGCAACUUGGCAUUGAAAUGGAAAGGGACGAAGACGAUCAAGUAACAGAUUUCAGAUCAAGGUUCGGCGAAAAAUUGCUUAUAGCGCAAGGAGUUAAUAUAACAGCUCUAGACAAGGAUGAUCUACGAUGCGGUGGCCUAGUUAUGUUGCAUAACAUGACCAAACUCUCCCAACAGCGGCUCGAGAUUUUAUCUGCAGAUUGUAUGGUACAAAAAUGUGACUUCAGGAGAGGCGGCCCUGAUACGUGCCCACCGGAUUAUAAAGAAAGCGAUGAUAAGACAUUCUAUAUUUACUUUUUCUUGAGAUUUAUGGGAACCAUCAUGUUAUCAGCGGGGGUCACUAUCAUGGAUCCUAUAGCUUUGACCAUGAUUCAAAAGUACGGCGGAGAUUUUGGUAGAGAGCGUCUAUUUUCUAGCAUUGGGAUGGCCAUAUUUUCACCUAUUACUGGCAUGCUUAUUGAUAUGAGGAGUAAACAAGUUGGUUACACCGACUAUUCAGCUGCGUUCUACACGUACGACGUGCUGCUUCUGAUAUCGGCUGUGACUGUCGCUGUGAUGCCGCUCGGAGCUAAACUACCAGCUGAUAACUUAUUACGAGAUUUAGUCAACAUUAUCAAAAUGCCCCAUAUUAUAAUCUUCAUAUUCUUCCUGUUUGCUUUAGGAAACUUUUGGGGAUUCAUUGAGUCGUAUUUGUUUAUUUACUUGAAGGAAUUAGGUGCACCAAACUUUUUAUUGGGAAUAACCGUGACCGUGGGCACGCUGAGUAGUAUCCCGUUCCUCUACGGCGCGGAUGCCAUCACCGCGCGCAUCGGCCACGUGAAUGUCAUCAUAGUCGCCUUCUUCUCCCACGCCGCGAGACUCGUUGGCUACUCGUUUAUAGAAAAUUCGUGGUGGUGUUUCCCGUUUGAAGCUCUGGAAUCUUUAUCGGUGCACUUGAUGUGGGUGGCAGCCGCCACUUAUUGCGCAAUGCUGGCCCCGAAGAGUUUAUUGGCAACGCUGAUUGGUGUACUGGGAAUGGCGCAUUUCAGCCUUGGAAGAGGUAGUGGUAGUUUCGGCGGUGGUCUUCUCAUUGCAACUCUGGGCACAAGAGAGGCAUUCCGCUACAUGGGUCUUAUUGCUUUCCUCGGAGGCGUACUAUAUGGACUAUUGCAUUACUUCUGGCUCAAAAACAUCAACAUGACUGGAAUGGAAAAUGCGUGUGAACCUGAUAAUGAAAGUGGAGAAGGUGACAAACUGAAUGCUGAACCACUAACGAAAGAUGCGGAGACGAUGAUAUCUCUGGAGAGACUGCAUAUGAUCACGCGAUUCAAUCCGUUGGGCUCACUACAUUCACUGCCGAGAGGCUCACGGUCUAGGUUCUCCCAGGGUGACAUCAACGAGCACUGCCGUAGCCGCAGUGGCAGCAACAGUCAGCGCCGAGGCAGCAACUACGAGGGCUCUGCUUCCAAAGUGGACAUGCUCCGUUCCGCCAUUGAGAUUAGCCAUCACCACGGCAGAGGACAUAUUUCGAACCCUGGCCUCAACAGCAACAGAACUUCAAACCAUUAUAAGCAAGCACAAAGCGCACCAAAGCUCGUCUUGGUCGGUCUCGGUCAACGGAACAAUAUAUCGCAGCCGGCUCUCUCCGAAUUCGAUCCUCGGCGCCGGGCCUCCAUCCCAGAGGAAGCUGAAGAAGACAAACUGGCUGUCCAGGCUAAACCUCCUUCGAAGACCAAGAGCGACAGCCUCCCCCCACCACCAAGCUAUGACGAGGCCACCAGCGAACACCGGAAAAGUUGGCAUUCGGAUGAUAGCUCCCCCACUUAGGAACCAUCUAACACAGGACAUAAUAUUGAUAAUAUCGUAAGAUAUUUUUCUGAAGGUCGUGAGCCACUCCACGAGCCUAUUUAUGAGAUAAAGAAUAAUUUAGUUUAUUUGGGGGCCUAUUCUGACAAUCGUGGAGUUGCUAUUAUGUAAACAUUAUGAAGAAAGCUAACAUUUAAGGCAGAGGCCCACUUUGGUCGUGCCCAAAGAUAAGUUCUUUGUGUAUAAAGUUUAAAAUUAAGAUAUCGGGAGUAUAAUAGAGUCGUUAUUAUUGAUUCGCAUAAUUUUAAUCGCGCUAUUAUAUGAGUAGAAAUAAAACUAAGCAACUUUUUUAAAGGCUUUAAUUUAUUUAAGUUGUAGAUAAUGGACAAUAUACAUUUCUGUUGUGAAAUAUACAUUGUUUUAUUACACAUACUUAUCCUAUUAUUAAGAUGAUGUAUCAUGAUUAUAUACAUGUGAUUUUA